CACCCGGAAGAUGGGGACACGUUCUUUCUUGAGCAAAGCUAAAAGGGUAUGCGCGAAGGCAAGAACUUUACUGCGCUUUUAAUUAGCGGUAAUUCAACAUAUAAUUCAUAACAUAUCGAAAUUAAUGACAUGGAAUAGUUUAAAUGGGUCUUAAUCAUUAAAUCGAUGGAAGUAUUAAUAAAUUGGCAGACUAAAGAAGACGGGAAACAUGCCAGAGUAUGAGUGCGAGUUAAUUCACGCCCUGCUGAAAAUCACCCUGCUUCUUUGGGCUAAUAAAACACCUGUAUCAGAAUCCUGAAACCUGGAAUAUGUCACUAUUCACCUGUCUUUGGUUUCAUGUUACAUGUUUAGUUUACUUUUGAAACAACUAUCAGAUUAUUAUCAUGCAAAGCAUGUGAAAAAAUAUUCAAAAUCAACAAGACUCUUUUGGCCCAUCUUUUCCUUUUUCUAAGAACUUUCUUCCAUCACUUUCUGUUUUAUAUGCUCUCUUCAUAUUGCCGCCCACUUCUACCUUUCUGAGUCCCUUGUCCAAUCACUCCUCAGGUCUUUGGCCAUGCUACUUAAGAGAAGUUCUCUUAGCAUUUGUGGUGCGUUCAUAAUUGUAGCUUGGAUUGUCAUUCUUAUUUUUGCCCUCUUGGGGCGCACUCCUAGUCAAGUGGAGCUUUACAGCCAGGCUGCACCUGGGCAAAAAGCAGGAGGAGGCCAAUUUGGAAAUAUUGUCAAUGAAGUGAUGCAUGUAGCUAAUGCGUUUGAAGCCGAGCUUGAAUCACAGAAAAAAAUCCUAUUGCAAAUCCAGAACCGUAGGUCACUUUGGGAAGACAACAAAGAAGGUGUGACAUCUGCUAAGCCAAAACCACAAGCAGAACAUUCAGCUCCCGUGGUGAUCCCUAUUUUAGUCAUUGCCUGUAACCGCGUGACAGUGAAACGCUGCCUUGACAAACUCAUUGAGCACCGUCCAUCAGCUGAGCUUUACCCAAUCAUAGUGAGCCAGGACUGCGGACACAAAGAAACAGCUGGGGUGAUUGCCUCCUAUGGCAGUCAACUGACCCAUAUUAAACAGCCUGUUCUUUCAGAUAUCUCUGUACCUUCACAGCAUAAGAAGUUCCAGGGUUACUACAAAAUCUCGAGACAUUACCGUUGGGCACUGAACCAGGUUUUCAACACUUUUUCGUACUCAUCUGUUGUGGUUGUGGAGGAUGAUUUGGAGGUGGCCCCUGACUUUUUUGAGUACUUCCGAGCAUUACAUCCCAUUUUAAACACAGACCCAACUCUGUGGUGUGUAUCUGCCUGGAAUGACAAUGGAAGGGAAGGAUAUGUUGAUCCCGGUAUAGCAAGUCUGUUGUACAGGACAGAUUUUUUCCCAGGACUGGGCUGGAUGCUCACCAAGGACCUCUGGGCAGAGCUUGAACCAAAAUGGCCGGCCUCAUUUUGGGACGACUGGAUGCGCCUCCCCGAUCAGCGCAAAGACAGAUCCUGCAUUAGACCAGAAAUUUCCAGAACUUUAACAUUCGGCCGCAAGGGUGUGAGUUUGGGUCAGUUUUAUGAUAAGUAUCUCCGCUUUAUUAAGCUCAAUACUGAAUAUGUGCCUUUUACAAAAAUGGACCUGUCUUAUUUGGAUAAGAAGAAAUAUGAUGAGAAUUUUGAAAAAGAAGUUUACAAUGCUCCAGCUGUAACUGUGGAGGAAUUGCAGAGAGGGAAACUGUCUGGACCUGGCCCGUUUCGGGUGCAGUAUUCCAGUCCAGACAGUUUUAAAACCCUGGCUCGCAAUCUUGGCGUGAUGGAUGACCUGAAAUCAGGAGUCCCACGUGCAGGGUAUAGAGGUGUUGUUAGUUUCCUUUUACGUGGAAAGAGGAUCUACUUAGCGCCACCAGCUGGUUGGACUCAGUAUGAUCCAAGCUGGAGUUAAAAAAGAAAAUAAUAUUUGAAGUUGCAAAGUACAUGAGAUAUAUAUUUCAUGCUUUUGUAUGUUUCAGCCUGUCUUCAGGAUCUGCUACCAUCAUUUCAUUCACAGCUGUCAAAUCACUGCACAUGUUUGAGUUAAUGUCUUUAAAUUCCAUUUUCUUAGAGAGGUUUCAGGAUAGACAUACCAAAGAUAAUGGUAGAUAAAUUAACCACUCAGAAUUUUUGCCUCAGGUUUUAUUAUUUGUCUGUAUAAAGAGUCAAAUCGGAUUUUACAACUUUAUUGUCAUGUCACCAAACUGAUGUAUUAGACUGAAAAUCUAAACUAAAAAAUUUUACUGACUUGUUCUACAUAUUUUAUUUACACAACGUAUAUUUGUUCAGUAACAGAAAAUGAGGGUAAAAUAUAUAUGUAAAAGAAAGUAACACUUAAUUUUUUAAACUGUGAAUACUGCCCCAAGUGCCUAUAAAUGUAGGAUUUUUUGAUUCACUUGUACUGUAUGUACUGUCUUAAGUUGUGUGUACAAAUCAUAGAAUUGUAAUGUAAAUAUGUAGGGGAUAAGUGCCCAGCAUAGAUGGGAACUCCAAUACUGUUGAGAAAAUGUCAAGAGAACAUGUCUGCAAAAUCUAGGCAAAGGGUGACUACUUUGAAAAUGCUAAAAUAUAACAGUUUUGAUUUAUUUUGGAUUUUGUUUAGUCACAACAUAAUUCCCAUAGUUCCAUUUAUAUUAUUCCAUAAUUUUAAUGACUUUACUAUUAUUCUAAAAUGUGAAGGAAAAAAAAAAUUAUAAUAAAGAAUGAGUAAGUGUUUAAAAACUUUU